AUGUCGACUCCUCCCGCCUCCGCGGAUGCCGCUCACAACCUUUUUCUUGCGUCGAUCUGCCGUCGCUGGCGGCGUCUCGCUCAGAGGCACGUCUCGACGCUGCUCGUGAAGGAUAAUCGCGUCGUGUCUCACCGCGAUGUGCUCAAUGCGGUCGCAUGCUUUCCCCAUCUAACCCAUCUGCACCUUUCGGACUUUAGUGUUGAAACGUUGGACGACGCGUUUCUAGCUGACCUCGCCGAUUCGUGCCCUGGGUUGAGGGCGCUGCAUGUGGGGAAGCUGAUGGGGGGAGUAGAACCGGACGCGGGACGGCACGUUAGGAAUGGCCGCGUCAUAACGGAAUCGGGCUUGGAUCACUUCUUUCGUCACUGCUCUCAACUAGAGCAGCUGUCGCUGUGCUGUCUCGAGGAAGAUCUGAACCCACCAGCUUCGUUCUUCCAGCUUCAGCAUCUGCGCACCCUCGUCUUGUCCACCGCCUUCAUCUUAAAGUCUCCGAAUCUUAGCUCUCUUUUAUCUCUCACUGCAGUUUCAAUCGAAACCUCCUCCCUUCAAUACAACCAGCUCUCCACCCUCCUACAACUCACCAACCUCUCCCGCCUCGCCUUGCCUGACGAGAUUCGCAUGAUCCCAGCAGAUCCGCCCGCCUUCUCUCUCGCACAACUUCCUACUCUCCACUCGCUCAAGUUCGGACUGUCCGAUGCACAUUUCAGCGUCUUUUUCCCUCCCGGAUCGCCGUACAGACUCCUGAAACGCCUGCAGCUUAACCAUUGCUUCAACCAGGAGCGGCUUCCAGACAAUAUCGGACAGGUGUUGCCGCGCUUCCAAGAGCUCAGCAUCAUGAGCUGCGAAACCCUCAGCGAUCUGACCAACCAGUUCACCUCCCUCACCUGCCUGGAGACCUUGACAAUAUCCGCUUGUAGCGUAUCCUCUCUGCCCGCUAACUUUGGCGAUCUUCCAGCCCUGAAGGCGUUGGUGCUGGACCAGCUGCCGCUUCGCACCCUCCCUGCGUCAUUCACCAGACUUGCAACUCUGGAGACGUUUUUCCUGGUUUUGUGCGACGAGAUGGAGGAGCUUCCUGCAGGGUUUGGUCGCCUCACAGCCCUCCGGUCUCUGAUCCUUGAAGGGUCACCGUCCCUGGAGCUUCCAGAAGACUUGGGGGGCCUGAUCAAUCUCCACACCUUUCAUAUCAAAUCGUGCGGCCUACAGCAGCUGCCGUCGUCAUUCACGCAGCUGGCUUCGCUGACCAGGCUGGAGCUGGAAGAGUACGACAUUGUUGAGCUGCCAGAGGGCAUGGGGGAGAUGACAAACCUGCAGGAGCUCUACAUUCAACGCUGCCUUUCUCUUGAGGAGCUUCCGGAUUGUGUGGCGUCGCUUGGCAGCCUUCGAGUGCUGAGGAUCACAGAGUGUCACGAUCUUGUGGCAGUUCCCAGGAGGUUGGAUGGGCUGACCAGCCUGACGCAGUUGGAGCUGCGGGACACUUGGUUGCUGAGCGAAGCCCCUCAGGCUCUGCCGCUCAGUCUCCAGGCUCUGUGGUACUCAGGCAACCAACAGGUGGAGUCUCUGCCUGAUGUUUCAAGCCUUACAGGGCUCAGGCAGCUGUGCUUGGACAUGGUGGAUGCUACCUGUAUUGAGGCCAUUGCCUCGGGGGUCCGUAGUAUGAACUCGCUGGUGGAGUGUGAGGGCUCGGGUUUGCAGGAGCUACGGCAGCUGAACAUCUCCACCAUGGGUAAUGCUGGACUCAAACAGCUGCCUGCUGCCAUCACCACUCUCCACCACCUCACAUCCUUUAAGAUCAACGCGGAACACUUGUCUUCUCUUCCGCACAACUUUGGGGCAUUUUCAAGGCUGCGCAAGCUGGACCUAUCCGGCUGCUCAUCCCUCGUGCACCUCCCUGCGUCCCUCACGCAGCUCUCCUGCCUGCAUGAGCUGAACGUCAGCCACACCAGCAUCCGGCUGCUUCCGCCUGGCUUUGCUCAGCUCAGCAGGCUGAGGAUGCUUGAUAUCUAUGGAUGCGAGCAGCUGGAGGCUCUGCCUGACGACUUAUCCGAGCUUAGAAUGCUCGAGCAUAUUGAUACUGCAUCCUGUGGCAUGCUCCGGCGCUGA